UCUGAGCCCAUCCCCAGUUCGCCACCUCUCACUCUCACCUCACGUUCCAAAACGACACCACCCGUCCACCCCCAGCUCUCUCGCCUCUCUCCUCAGCUGGUUGUGGUUGUCGACUUCUUGCUUCGACUCUCGCCAUCAGCUACCUUCGCGAAACCAGAAACUGGUCCCCGAUCUGCCAAAGAUCCCAAACUAUUUCACAAUACACGGUCUUUGGCCUACAAAUUUCUCUUCUCCUUGGCCACAAUCUUGUGUUGAAAAGCCAGCGGAUUAUUUUAAGAGAAGCUCGAUUGAUACAUUGCAAAAUGGAUUAAACCAUUAUUGGCCAAGUCUAAAAUCAGAAAAAACGAACAUGGAGUUAUGGAUUGAAGAAUGGGAAAAACAUGGAACGUGUAGCCUUCAAAAGUUUAAUCAAUCUGAAUAUUUUAGACAGGCUAUAUCUAUUACAGAAUUUUUGGACAUUCUAGUUGUAUUCAAGAAGGUUGGAAUAAUUCCUCAUAGAACUAAAACUUAUAGUGGCAUUGACAUUGUUAAUGCAAUAAAAAAGACUAAGACUCGUCGAGUUGAACCCGAAAUUGUGUGCUUCCAAGAUCGGAGUGAUGUGUUAUUGCGGGAGAUUCGUGUGUGCCUGGAUGCUAACUUAGCCGAAUAUAUUUCAUGUCCUGAUACUAGAUCCAAAGGUGUUAUUUUAUGCAAAACAAAGUCUAAUGCUAUUAAAAUACCUGUGUAAUAUUUGUUUGUAUCCAAAUAUUAUUAUUAUUAAGUGUGAAAAAUAGGGAUCAAUUAUUGAUUCCCCAUAAAUAAAUAUGCUUUGUAUGUCCAGA